UUCAAUUCCACCUCCGAAUAUUGCUGAGAAAUCAAUAUGGCUGAAGGUCGUGAUACUCAAGCUUUACUUGUCAACUUAGAUGAACAGCAUAUUCAGCAAGUUGAAUCUCAAAGCCAGGAUAAAACAUCGUCUGUCGAGGACGGUAGUCGGGUGGAAAAACUGACCAAGUUGCAAUUAGCAGAAUACAAGGAGGCCUUUAAUCUAUUCGAYAAGGAUCGCAAUGGCACAAUUUGUACCCAUGAACUCCGUAACGUCAUGCACGCUCUUGGCCAGUCACCAUCAGACCAGGAAAUCCAGGAUAUGAUAGCAUGCUCCGAUAAAGAUGGGAGUGGCAAUAUCGAUCUCAAUGAAUUCCUGCAUUUGAUGACCUCCAAGAAUAAACACAACUUGGACGAAAUUCGAAUAGCUUUCAAGGUGAUGGACAAGGAUGGCGAUGGGUUUAUUUCUUUCUCUGACCUGAAGAAAGCCAUGAAUGAAUGCCAUGAGAAUCUUUCUGAUGAUGAACUGAAGAAGAUGAUCAUUGAUGCUGACAUGGACGAGGAUGGUCGCGUAGGCUACACAGAAUUUGUUCAGUUUUUCCAGCGAGAAUACUAAAAUUGCUCAAUCACCUUGAAUAUUUGGUCGGAUCAAUCCACUAUUCUUGUAUUACUAAACAAUUCGAGUUGUAGUCAUUUCAUAAUUCAAUAAUACUGUUCUGUACGUAAUAUUAGAUUAAUACUCUAAAAUAACCCGGUAAAAAAAUUUUAAAAAAAUUGUGAAAAACUUACUUAACGUAACUACUAAAUAAUGCCAAAGUGUGCAAAUUAAAUCCAUGUAUUGCAUGUAAUUUAUUAUACUUGUAGACAUUCAUUACAUUUAGCACUAAUUCACUAAGUACCUUUUUAUUUUUUCCCCCUUUUUUUAUGUUUGUUCGUAUGCACUACUCUUGUUGUAAUCAUAAACGUUGUUUUCGCUAACGGUGUAACUAUUAUGCAAGGCAGCUGACGCAAACAGCCCCGAUUUUCCUUGCACGUUUUUAAAAUUGCAACAGCGUUUCCACAGCCCUUAUUUCUUCUGCGCAUGUUCAUGGAGCAUGCGCAGUAAGAAACUGACCGGCACUGGGAACCAGAUGGUUGCGCCUGGAUUUCCACAGAAAAACCCGAAGUAUACUUGUUUGCCUUGCGUGCAGUCCCUGGCGAAAACCACUCUUAAUUAUAUCAUGGAAUGGUGAAAGUACUAUUGAAAGUCGUAGUUUGUUUGAGUUCAGGGUAAAAGUUUUUUUAGUCUCAAACAGUGUACCAGAAACGUUAAAUCAAAUUUGACUGUUCUUCCGUUAAAGUUUAGGCAAUGCUCUAAUAUUUGCCUUUUAAAAAAUAAAAGUAAACAAUUUGUUUGCGA